CAGAUACAGAGACACUGGCAAUACAUAACCAAUCUCUGUGAAUCGCAGUGUGCUGCUGAACAAGGCCUAGAAUCCAAGGACUUCUGACGCACUAGCUUGUCCAUUGCCAAAAAGAAGGCUUUGUGGACUGAAAAUCCAUCAUCACCAAAUAAGGACAAGACUUUGGAUUGUGUUGACAUUUGUGCAGUGCUACAGACUGUGAGUACAUUUGUACUCUUUUGGAGAGACAAGACACAAGGAUAAAAAAGUCCGAGCUGGAAUCUGUUUUAAAAAGCGAAAAGGGGAGAGAAGAGAAAGUAACUACUGAGCGCCAAGGGACAAACACUCAGCGUUUGUCAUCUCCAGCAAUGUCUGUACGUCCAGCAGAGAUUGCAGCUUUUCCAUUGCUUCCAGCUCAUGUCAUGGCCAUGGAGGAGUUCCCACAGCAGCUUCCCGUACCCAAAGGUCCAGCACGGGGUCGCAGCCGCCCCAAGCGACCACGAGAGGCUCGCUUCAAGACCCAGCCAGUGACCUUUGCGGAGAUCGCAGAAGUGGAGGAGGAAGGAGCUUCACCACUGGAGGAGGAGAGAGCAAGACGGUCCUUUCUACAGUCACUGGAGAGCCUGAGGAGGAGCACACAGACCCUGCAAAAUACAGGAACCUCACAGAGCGGCAGGACCAGUUCAGCAACACAGGCUAGCCUGGAUUCUAGUGACUCUGAUUCAGCUCAAUAAGUUGCUCUGAGAGUGAUCUAUUUUUUAUAUGUGAUCCUCGUCUGUUGUACGGCUGAUUAACUGGACUGGUUUUCAGUUUGCCAUGCUUAUUGCACAUAACCUUUUCCUGUCGUAUAUUUUGCAUCUAUAAUCUUGUUACAUUGCUUACAUAUUUACAUAUGCGCACAUAUUUGUGUCAAACCUCAGACAGGCUAAAUUGCUUACACUUAUAAACCGUAGCAUUUUAACAAGUUCUAACAAUCUAAAUAUUCCAAUUCUAGCUGUAUAAGACUUGCAGCCAUAAGAGGUUCUUUAGCUGUAAGUGUCAAAGUGCUGAUGUGUCUAUGAUUACUGUUGUAGAUGACAAGACAGAUUUCUGUUAAUUUCAUGCAUUCCUGCUUUAGAAUUACAGAACAGUUUUUCACUGUCCGUCUUUAUCAUGUUUAUUCUCUGAUUUUUAUCAGCUGUCAAAUUCUUAAAGGAAAAGGAGAUCCAGGUAUAAUCACCAUAAUCGCAUCAGGAGCCUUUAAAAUGAUGAUGUUACCUAAGACUGGCAAAAAGAGCAAAUUUAUUACUGAACUCUGAUUGAAACAUUAUUUCUUUUGUGAAUGUUUCAGACCUUGAUCUUAUUAACAAUAUAAUGGAACAAGAAAUGUGUUUUGUUGACAAUGUGGACUUGAAAUGCCAACACUGCUAUUUUAAAGGAAAUUGAAAUAUAUAAUGUCUUUAUAUUUUUGCUUACUCUUAUUGUAAACGUAUUUCAUAU